AUGCCAUGAAGAACUCGAUGCCAAAUGCAAGUUUGCUAAAAUCAUCAUCAGGAGAUAAAGCUCUGACGUUUAAUAGACUAUUCCAGUGGUUACUAAGGAGCAGCCAUUGCAGAAAGAAGGUACAAGACAACAAAUCUCUGAACAUUAUGCAGUGGAAGAAGCUGCAAAAUUGCUUAACAAGUUUUGGAUUUGAUGUUGUUGUUCAAGAGGGUAAUUUUGAUGCCAAGGCCACCUUCCGUCUUGGGGUGGCAUACCACGAAGCAAGCCACGAGGCAUUGCGCACGGGAGACACUCUUGUUGGCAGCCCACAGGAACGCACGGCAGAGGGCGGAAGGGGUUUUGACGACUGGAGGUGGGGGGAUCAUAGCCGCCAUUGCAUAGUUUGA